AUGGAAUGGAUGUACGAAGGACCUUCGUCGACGGUCAAUCGCGAUGAUUACUUGACAGGUCGAAAGAUCGACAAGAACUUUGAGUUAUACGGUUCGAACAUCAAAGAAAAGCCAAGUCCGAUCGACGUGGUUUGCGAAAAGCAAACUAUCGCGCCGAAAUGUCCGGGGACGAUUCUUGACAUUUACACGAUUAAGAACCAAGACCCGCUUGUGUCGAUCAAGGUACAAGAGGAACGGAUCCGUCGAGACAUCUUGGAUAAUCCGAUCAAGCUAAAGCGGCUGAAUAGAAUCGUUAUGAAAACACUCGCUAAGAAGCUGAAACGAAUGCAGAAAGAGUGCGCAGCCAGCUCUGAUGAAGAAGAAGAAGAACAGCCACCUGACAAACACAACAAGAACAAGUCAAGACAUCACGACAACAGAAAAAGAUCCGGCUCAUGUCAUGAAAAGCGGAAAUCGGACGAUCAUUCGCAAUCGACAAGCAAGCGUCGUCGAAGACCCUCAAUAUCGGAACCUCAAUCAGGAAUUUCCACGAAUAAGCCGUCUUCGAGGUCGGAUACAUCAUCGCGUAAUCGACACCGGAGGUCUGAAGCCAGACGCGGAACGAACGAAGAAAAAGAAUCUUCAGUGAUCUCUAGUCACGACAGGAAGAACAACAUAACCAACCAAGCAUCGGAUGGUCACCGACCAGGAAGUAUUCCAAAGCAGUACCGACUUGCCCCCUCUUCUUCUAAUGCCAGUGAGGGACGUUCGUCGUUCGGCGCCAGUGCCACACCGGGUGAAAAGACCAUUGCUUCGAAGAGAAAGAAAUUGAGUGCUGCAGAGAUUGAGCAGCGAAGGAAAGAAAUGUUAGACAAUGCUCGAUGGCGCCAGGAAGAACGCGCAAGGAAUCUCAGCAGGUGCUCAGCCAUGGAGGAAAAACUGGACCUGGCCAAUACAGGACCAACGGCAGCCAGGGCUCCUGGCUUCAUCCAGAAGCUAGUACAGAAAGGCAGCGAGGAUGGAUCGCUCGAAAAACGGAUCAAAAGCAAAGUUCAGACUAUUCAGAGGAGUUCCAACGUGAUGGAGACAAACUUCGCAAAAAAAUAA